ACAUGGUCUCCGCCCCUUUGCCACGUUUUUUCUUCUUGUUCACCCACACCUGCCUCACCUUUCUUCAUAUCGGUACCCUCGUCUUGUGACAUACCGCACUAAGCUACCUCCUGCAUCAUGUUCUUCCCCUUGAAAUUUUGGAGUGUUCCUCUCACCGUAGCCAUCUUCGCAAAUUCAGUCAACAGCUUAGCCAUGGAGUUACCUCGAGAAGCCGCCAAUGCUGUUCUCCCAAAGGAUUGCGCAAGUGUCUCCAGGUUUCCUCCCCUCUCGCCUACUAUCGGUAACCUGAGCGCAUCGCAAGCAGAGCAAUAUACAGUUAUCGACAAUGCUUUGACAAGAUUUUAUGGCAAUACUAUCGUUACCAAGAAUCCUGACGGCUCGUUCACGGGUCCCUUUGGUCAACUCAUGUAUGUGUUAUCUCCCCAUUCUUAAUGAUACUUUCUAUUCUCGUUCUAGAAACAUUCUAACGAUAAUUUAUAGGUAUACCACACCGACUGUCGUUCAGAAUUUCAUCAACUUGAAUGUUGGCGUAGCACAAAAUCUGCCCGCCAGCGAAAAUGAAGCAUGUGUUCUGGCAAUUCUAUCAGUCAUCAAAGCUCCUUUUGCCAUUUAUGCACACACCAUCUUAGGCCAGAAGGCUGGCUUCACAUUGAAGCAAGUCAAGUCUAUGCUGGCUGGGAAAUGCCCAUACGAUGUCACACCUCGUCAAGCAGCAGCCUAUAAACUGGCCGUCAAGAUCACCAAUUUGAGGGGUCCAUUGGACUCUGCAAGCUUCGAUGAAGCCGUUUCUGUGCUUGGUCGCGUUGGUGUCGAAGGAAUCACUCAGCAAACUGCAACAUCUUUGCUUGCUGUUAUUAUGCUGAAUGUUGGGGAUAUUGGUGUACCUGUGAAUGCUUAGAUGGAGUGGUGGAGAUUAGAUGAGGUUAGAUGAGGGUCAUAAUGAUCAUAGUACACUGCCACGUUAAUGACUGGGGUUGAUUUGCCAUAAAACCAAUUACUUAAUAUAUGGUGCUUUACCUUCUAUUAAGAACGGCCCGCAGGCUGUAUCCAUCGUGCUGUCCAUUUCAAUUUGAAGCCACAAAGCAAGGUUGAAAUGUUCUGCCACCGGAUAUUCCUGAUACUCCGCUCAAUCACCUUUCGGAGGAAUUCACGUCUCUAGUGACAAUCUUGAAUCCUACAUGGUACUGUUUCCCCCUUACCCUUUGCCAAGAGGUACCGUGGUAAAUCGUCUCUUAGGAGGAGGCGAGAGCCUUUGAGUGGAGCACGGGGCAGUGUCUCGUAGUGUGAACUAGAAAGUCCUACCGUGGUAAAUCGUCCUUUAGGAAAAUGGAUGGAUGUGAUAGGGGGGGGUUGUGGAUAUGUUUUGUACGCUCCGAGCCACUUAUAGUAGCUAGUAUUCUGCGGCGAAGGCCUUCUUAUGCGUGAAAGAUCGCGACCAGCUUGUUCUACC